AUGCGUGCGACGGCGAUGGACGCUCAGUCAACGACGGAUAGAAGGUUUGUCCCUUUGAUGGGUUUGGUGCGCAAGCGGUGUGCAUGGCUGUCUCUGUGGUGUCCUGUUACUCCGCUGCAUGUGCCGCAUUUUGACGCAUUACUGGCACUAAACCACUUCCUUUUUCUUCUCCCUCUUUGUUCUUUCUAUCUCUUCCCCCACAGCCAGGCUGCACUGCUGCUACUCACACGAAUAAAAGAUAUGCAUAUUCCUCAGGCCAUGCGCCAGCCACGCCAUGCCACGCCGCCACUCCCAUUGUUGGUUUUGCUGCUGAUGUACUGCGCCACUGCGUUUAUUGCCGCUGCACCCGCCACACAAUACCGCUGUGGAUUUGACGAGAUGAUGAGGAGCGGCCCGCUUUCGACUGUGGUUGUGCGCGAGGUGCCGCGCAAGGGACAGGGCGCGAUGCAGGCGUACACCGUCGCCACACAGGAUGACAACAGUGGCUGGGAGCCGAUCCGCAUCGGGGUGUUCACGGAUGGACUGAAGAGCACGAGAGGGAAGAAGACGUACUGCGAAAAGGUUGGAGAUGAGUGCGACAGCCUCUUGGGGGAGCGGAUAACUUGUACAGAAGAACGUGUCUUGACGGAAGAAAAGAAGAAAUUGUACACUGAGAAGAUUCUUCCCGGUGCUGUCAAACUGCACGCUGAGCGACUACUUGUGAAACCCACUGGAAGGAACAUAACCGUGCCGAGUAAUUUGAAUGAAGCGUGCAAACACUUUAAGGCUCCUACUGAGCACAUGAAAUACGGUGUGGCUGCUGACUUUGUCAUCUACGCUUUUGCCGGGCCAUCAGGCACGAAUAGCAGGGAUGUGUGGGCGGCAACGUGUAACAAAUGGGAAGAUCUUCGCCCCUCCAUUGGCGCCAUCAACUUUGAUCCAAAGUACAUGACUGACACGGCGUGGAGCGUUCGCGUUGCCGCACACGAAAUUGCGCACGCACUUGGGUUUAGUAAAGAGAGUAUGGAGGAAAAGAGCAUAUUGAAGAAAUCAGCUAACAUUGUGCGUGGAAAGGGCCGCAAGAUGGUGGCAGGGAAUCACGUUCAGGCGAAGGCGAAAGCGCACUUUGGUUGUAACUCUCUCGAGGGGAUGGAGCUGGAGGACGAAGGUGGCACUCGGGAAAAGGCGAUCCCUCACUGGAAGGAGCGCCACGCGCGGGACGAGCUGAUGGCUCCCACAGUCGGUGCCGGCUACUACACGGCGCUGACGAUGGCGGUGUUUGCGGAUAUGGGAUACUACAGCGUGAACUGGAGCAUGGCGGAGCCGAUGAGCUGGGGCAACGGCAGUAGCUGCGACUUCCUGGAGAAGAAGUGCAAUGCAACCGAGAAUCUUGCCGGCAAGUAUCCCCACAUGUUCUGCAAUGACUCCGACAAAGAGACGCUUCGCUGCUCCUCCGACCGCCGUUACGUCGGGACGUGCACCGCAACCAUCGUUGAAGAAAGGGGGAGUCUGGCGGAAAAGGACCUUUGCCCUGUUGUUUCUUCGUACUUUCGCGACGCGUCUGGGAUAAAGUACAAUACGUGCUCGGACAAGGGUGUGACUUCUCUCCCUGGGUCGCUGACUGGCGGUGACUCGUGGUGCCUGGAUGCGGAAUUACAGUCGAAAAAUGAUGGCGGUAAACAUAAAAACGUCAAGGGAGUGUGCGCGCAGGUGUCGUGUGCAGAGGGCACAGUGAAGGUGAAGUACCUCGGCAGCACCGAUGAUUGGCAUGAAUGCCCUGAGGGCACUGAAAUCCCAGUGACGUUGGAAGAUUUUCAGCAAGACGGAAAGAUCAAGUGCCCGAAGUACGUUGAGGUCUGCACCAUUGCCGCCAACGGCAGCAGUCUUGUAAUUCCGAGUGUGUUGGAGGAUGACAAAGAAGAGCAAGAGGAGCAAGUAGAAGAGUCUGUGGCUGCUCCGGCGUUGCCUCCUGCAGAAGAAACUCAUGCAGAAGCGUCUUCCCCAGGCCAACCUCACACAGAAAUGCCUUCUCCACGGGUGCAAGCGGCAUUGCAGCAGCCUCGAGAGGAAAUUAAAGCACAAGCGUCCACUGCAGAGGAACCCCACGAAGAGGAACCACGUGCAGCAGCGUCCACCGCAGAAGAAUCUCAUGCAGAAGCGUCCAUUGCAGGCAAAACUUCUGAAGCUCCAGUGGCUCAAGCGACCUUGCAGCAGCCUCAACAAGAAAGUAAUGCAGGGCAAAAUGCAACGGUGGUGGAAUCUGCCAACACUGAGCACUUUACCGUGGAUUCGAACUCCCAUGCAGUUGGAGAAACAACGGGUGAUGCUGGCACUGUGCGUGAGAGCGUACUGCCGCCAUCGCUGCUGCUUCUGUUUGGACUGUGGGGGUUUGCGGCUCUGUGA